CGGCUGAGAAGUCGCUCUCUCGCCGUAGCCGCCUAUAGUCACGUGAUUAGUUCUCAGUAAGUCACGUGUGCACACUGGGAAGCUGCUUGCUGGUUAGGCGGCUAAUGAUAAGGUGAGAGAGGAAGAUGACAUCUGUAAGGUCCGUCCAUCCAUAUCCUCCCCCUUCUUCCCUGAACAAUGAUAGGACAAGCUAUUUGGGAGCGCGGAUCCCCCCAGAGGUGGAGGCUUUGGCACAGCAUCUGAAGGACCUGGAUAAGGAUGUGUUUAGGAAGAUUCUGAAGGCUGUGGUCAAUGCUUUAGAGGGAAAGGACAGCAGAGAAUCUGUGAAACUGAUAUUAGAAAAUUCCACAAUAUCAGAAGAGCAACUGACCUUUAUCAUUUCUGGAGCUUACACCAUCCUGAAAGUUGCUCUCAGAUUUCCAGUAUCGACGCUGAAGCUAGAGAUAUUUAAAGAAGAUUUGAAAGAACUCAGGAUCCCAGAAGAUUUUAUAGGGGACUUCGCCAACAUAGUUUAUGGAAACAGACGGCCAGUUCUGGAAGGGGUGGCCGUGGAGCAGGGAAUUAGAUUGCCGACUGUAGAAGACUUCAGGUGGAGAGUUGAUGUUGCCAUCUCCACAAGCUGCCUUUCCCGGGCCUUGCAACCUUCCAUCCUAAUGCAGAUGAAACUCUCAGACGGGAAAUCUCAUCGAUUUGACGUCCCUGUUGCCAAAUUCCAAGAACUGAGGUAUAAUGUUGCCCUAAUACUUAAAGAAAUGAAUGACCUGGAAAAAAGAAGUGUUCUCAAAAUUCAGGACUGACCCAAUUGCACUGACUCAAGACUGUCAUUUUGAUAAAUAUAUUAUUAAGGAAAGUAUAGCUGACACAUCACAUGUAACGUGGUGGAAUUUUGACUCUGUUUCAGCUAUACUUUACCAUUACAUACAUGUUCUAUAACUGUAUAUAUUUUUUUUCUUUUUCCUACAUAAAUUUACAUUAAUUUCUAUGUCA